AUGACGUUGGAUGGACUGGAAAUGACAAUGGAUCAGGCAAGGAGUGACCAAACGUAUAGACAAGACGCGGGGUUUGACUCGGGUUCAGAAGUUACCGUGGAAAACAACCUUCAUACUUCCAAUAAAGAGGUGAAUUCAAACAAUAGUGGUCCAGGCUACUUCCAGCCUUCAUCUAAGCAACCACCAGGAUCAACGUCACGUAUAGCAAGGAACAGUAAACCAGUCUGGAAGACCGCACAAAGAUUAAUCGAUCAGUACAACUGUGGCGACAUUAGUUCUCUCUUGUUAUCAGAUGGCAUACGACAGUCGAUUCCAAGCACAUUUCAGAGCGACGCUCAGUUAAGAUUUGUUACAGAAAAUACAUCCCAAACCUUGCCUCCCAUUAGAUCUUUUAAGAACAGCCCAAAACAUUCACAGAAACCUAUCCAAAAUGUUUCGACUUCUGAACGGACCUUGAUGAAGAGUACACAUCCAUCAAUUCUCGAAGAACUGGAAGAAUAUCUCAACAAAGAACUGAUUGUAAAGCGGAACGAAAAGAUGGCAACUCGGAUAAUAAGAGAGCUAAACAAGGCUCGUAGUCAAGGGAAAUCAGCAUUUUUUGCUAUUGGAGCCGCUCAUUUCAUUGGAUCGGAGAGCACAAUCAUCCAUUACCUUCAACAAGCCGGAUACGAAAUUACUGCAGUGCCUCGAACUCUCAGUGAGGCCAAUCGGGACAAGUCAAUCGACGGGGUUGAGUUGCAGGAUACUGAUCAUCUUUUAAG